AUGACAGGCAACACAAAAGACGACUACGAGCUAUCAGAGGAUGUCGUUUCGUUCAGACCCCAUUCGAUGGUGAGCAACGUGAUUGGAAGAGCUUCUUCGUCUAUACGAAGGGAAAGUGGUGUGUACUACAGCGAAGAUGAUGAAGACGAUGAAGACGAUGAGGCAGCGGAUCCUGAGGAUGUAUUUGAGAGCAUUUUUGACGGCGAUGUCAGUGGCAUCAACAAUGAUACUGAAAAGCGUGGCAACGACGACGACGACGACGAGAAUCAUGGAUCUUUCGAGGAACAUGUCGUUGAGUAUCCCGAGGGUGGCAAGCUUGCGUACAUAACGUUGCUUGGAUGCUUCAUGGGUUUGGUGGGCGAGUUCGGCCUCUGGAAUUCCACAGGUGCCAUUGAGUCGUACAUAGCCAAACACAUUUUGGUCGACAACAGCGACAUUGCCAUUUCGAUGAUUUUCGCUCUUUUUUCUUUCUUUGUGAUGUUCGGAACCAUGAUCUCAGGUGUCGUGUUUGACAAGUACGGAGGAAAGAUGCUAUGCUACACCGGCUGUAUCAUGACAACCGGAGGUCUUAUGGCCACCGCUAAUUGCACCAAAUUGUAUCAAUUCAUCUUGGCCUUUGGGGUGACAUGCGGUAUAGGUUGCUCUCUCCUUACUGCGCCCUUUGUUACCAGCAUUGGCCAUUUUUUCAGCAAGAAGAGAGGAAUGGCUUUGUCGAUUGCAAUGCCAGGCGCUUCACUAGGUGGUGUCAUAUGGCCUCUAGUUUGCAGAUCUUUGUACGGAAGGGUCGGAUUUGAGUGGACAAUGAGAACCUUAGGGUUUUGCAUCGGCUCUCUAUUGUUUUUUGCCGCAACUUGCGUCCACGACAGACACGUGGAGAUCAUCAGAAUCAAAAAACUCAAUGAGGGGGAGAGGAACAUGAGCCUUAGGGAAAAGCUUAAUGACCUCAUUGACUUCAGCUCCUUCAAAGAAUUGACUUUUAUGGUUCUUACGGGUGCAUUAUUUUUGAAUGAGUUUGCGCUAUUGAUGGUGAGUACAUAUAUUCCCUCUUAUGCCAUGAGCAAGGGGUUCUCUGAAAGUUUCUCGUUGAUUGCAUUGACUGUUUUCAACGCUGCGGGAAUUGUUGGCAGAAUAGUUCCAACGUUUUUGUCGGACCGAUACGGCAAUUUCAACUUUAUCAUUCUCAUGUCCACCGUCAUGACUAUCACGGUCUGGGUUAUUUGGCUUCCAUUCGGGCACAACUUAGGUGCGUUCGUAGCAUUCACAAUCAUUUUUGGCUUUGCUGUAGCAGGCACAUUGGCACUAACUCCAUUGUGCACGUCGGCAAUUUCAAAACCAAAGGAUUUUGGGAAACGGUACGGGACUGCAUACUUCUUUGUCGCCUUCUGCAACUUGAUCAGUUUACCUGUCGGUAUGGCCCUCACGGAGACCAACGCAGGCUAUGACGCGAUGGUGGCAUUUGCAGGAGCAACUUGCACGCUAGCAACACUCUGUUUCAUUUACACUAGAUAUAGGGUUGGAGGUUUGAACAAAAUCAAAAUCUAG